CACCGCAUUGACUCCCUCACUCCGACCUCCUUGCAUACUCGCUCCAACUCACUGCUGCAGCAGUACUUUUUCUUGCCUCCCUCCCGUGUUUCUAGCUUCAAUUUGACUUUUUCGACAAUAAUCUAACUCCACUCUAGCAAAGGUUCUCUACAUCCAGUCGUUUCUCGUCACCGUCGGCCUCUCUGCCUUACCUGUAGUGGUUGUCGCUCGCACGGAGCCAUGGGUUCCUCGGCUAAGGCCUUCCCCAUCGCGCUGCGCUUCCUCGAAUGCUGCUUCUGCUCCGCGACCUUCGCCAUCCUCUGCUACCUCAACUUCUCCUGGAGGAGCAUCAACGUGACGGCGUUUCUCUUCGGCACGGGCGUCACGGGGCUCAUCCUCUCCUUCAUCCACAUGCUCGUACACGUCGCCGCCGUCGCGGGGGUCAAGAUGGACUCGCUCGGCUCGCAGCUCUUCUGCAGCUUCAUGAUGAUGAUGCUCCUGUUUGCUGCGUCGUGCGCAUCAGCCUCCUUCACAUCCCGCAUGUGCAACUCCUACUCCUCCAGCUUCCUCCUCGGCUUCGUUCAAGACAGCUGCACCCUGCUCAAGUGGUCCAACGCCAUGGGGUUCCUCGGCACAAUCACCUACAUGACAUCCUUCUGGGUGUUCACUUCGUUCAUUUACAUGGAAGCUUAAAUUGGUGUAGAUCAUGUCUAAAUAAUCACUUCGAACAUUUGCACUAAUUAGAACACAUAUUUCAAAGUCUGAUGGAUUACAUAUUUUUUGUGUAUGACCUAGCAACAACUUGUAUCGUAGCUCGAGCAAAGUCUGGUUCACUUUUGUAGGUCGCAGUCACAUGGCUUUCAGGCCGCCUGACUCGAGGAGGUAUUCGUGUCAAUAGCAUUGUU